UCUCCGAAAUUCCGUGUGAUUCGUGGCUAGCAGAAGAUCAUUUGAAUUUCUCGUGAUACGGUAUUUGUUUAAACAAAAUCAUGGAGGCAAAACCAAAAUUGAGGGAAGAACCGGUUUGGAGUAAACUCCAAGGAUACUUCGACAACAAUGGUUCAAAAAUUAAAAUCUCGGACUUGUUUCAACAGAAUCCAAGCCGCUUUGAAAGUUUUAGUUUAAAGCUCGAAACUCCUGAAGAUGGACCUAUUCUUCUUGAUUAUUCCAAAAAUCGAAUCGACAAGGAUGUACUUGCCCUCUUAUUCGAAUUGGCCCGUGCCCGGAAAAUUGAAGAAGCUCGUGAUGCAAUGUUCACUGGGCAAAAAAUUAACUUUACUGAAGGUAGAGCUGUUUUGCACACAGCUUUACGAAAUAGAGGAGAUACUCCUAUUUUGGUUGACGGCAAAGACGUGAUGCCUGACGUCAACGGAGUUUUGGAACAUAUGAAGCAAUUUACGAAACAGGUAUUAUCCAAGGAGUGGAAAGGCUUCACUGGCAAACCAAUUGAGGAUGUUAUCAAUAUUGGAAUUGGAGGCUCAGAUCUGGGUCCUUUAAUGGUAACAGAAGCUCUGAAACCGUAUCACAUUGGUCCCCGAGUUCAUUUUGUCAGCAACAUCGAUGGCACUCACAUCGCCGAAACUUUAAAGAAACUCAAUCCUGAAACUGCUCUCUUCAUUAUUGCCUCCAAAACUUUCACUACUCAGGAGACAAUCACAAACGCUACCUCUGCGAAAAAAUGGCUCUUGGAACAUUUGAAGAACGAUGCAGCAGUGGCUUCACAUUUUGUAGCACUAUCGACCAACAACCAAAAGGUCAAGGAAUUCGGAAUCGACGAAAAAAAUAUGUUUGGAUUCUGGGAUUGGGUUGGAGGCCGGUACUCUUUAUGGUCAGCCAUUGGCUUAUCAAUUAGCUUAUCAAUCGGUUUCGAUAAUUUCGAAAAACUACUUAGUGGUGCUUAUUACAUGGACCAGCAUUUCCGUUCUGCUCCCUUGGAAAAUAAUGCUCCUGUGAUUCUGGCCUUGUUGGGAAUUUGGUACCACAAUUUUUAUGGUGCAGAAACUCACGCUUUAUUGCCUUAUGAUCAAUAUCUUCACAGAUUUGCUGCUUAUUUCCAACAAGGCGACAUGGAGAGCAAUGGAAAAUAUGUCACUCGAUCAGGUCAACCUGUUAAUUACUCGACUGGUCCCAUUGUUUGGGGAGAGCCAGGAACAAAUGGACAACAUGCAUUUUAUCAAUUGAUACACCAGGGCACAAGACUUAUUCCAGCGGAUUUCAUUGCCCCAGUUCUGUCACAUAAUAAGGUUCAAGGAGAUCUCCACCACAAAAUUUUACUUGCAAAUUUCCUCGCCCAAACAGAGGCGUUAAUGAAAGGAAAAAAUAAGGAGCAAGCUAAAGAGGAAAUUGAAAAAUCGGGACUGAGUCCUGAUCAAGUAAAUCUGCUCUUGCAACACAAGGUCUUUGAAGGCAACAGACCGACCAAUAGUAUUCUUGUGAAACGAGUUUCUCCAUUUAUUUUGGGUGCUUUAAUAGCAAUGUACGAGCACAAGAUCUUCAUUCAAGGAAUAAUUUGGGACAUUAAUUCUUUCGAUCAAUGGGGAGUGGAAUUGGGAAAACAGUUGGCCAAAGCCAUAGAACCAGAGUUGAACAGUGCUGAUAAAAUCACGAGCCAUGACUCUUCGACGAAUGGAUUGAUCGCUUUUAUCAAAAAUCAUAGCACUUAAGUACGUAAUGGAUUUUGUAGAUUUUGUAGAACCGAAUCGGGGAAAGAAUUAAUCCAUACAUCAAGGAUAUUAAAUAUCGAGGAUUGCAAUGAAUCCAUAAAAUCCAAAAAAAUUUAAAUUUUAAAAGAAAUUUAAUUUAGUUAUAUAAAUAUUAUUUAAAAUUGAUUGCUUUGUUGAAUCAUAAAUUAAGAGUCUAGUCGAAUCGUGAUAUUAGAAAUUUCGUAAAUUGUCGCCCAGGAUUUUUUCCUCGAUUUAGUUACGCAAUUUUUUUUAUAUGUUUAUUAACAAAUGCUUAUAUGGACAAUAGAUGUGGGAUAUGAUAAUUAUUUUUGGAUUUAUUGCGCACGUGUACAACUACAGAGGGCUUGAAUAUUUUAUCUUUGUGUUAGACACUUCGUAUUUUGUAACCGUCUUGUCAGUCGCACGUUGUUGCUUUAAAUAAAAAUCCAAGAUUAAGGAAGA